CCUCCAAGCAGAAAUGUCAAAAUGGCGUCAACGCAGGACGCUUGGUAUAUUUCCUUACUUGGUUUAGCUGAACAUUUUCGCACAUCAAAUCCUCCUGACAUAAAAAGUUGUAUUCAGUGUCUUCAAGCUGUGUUUAAUUUUAAACCACCUCAACGAGUCGAAGCCAGAACACAUUUACAACUUGGGAAUAUCCUUUUGACACACACUAAAAACAUCGACUUGGCGAGAAAUCAUUUGGAGCAAAGUUGGUGUCUAUCUCAAAGUAUCAAUGGGUUUGAUGAUGUCAAGUUUGAAGCAGCCAGUGUCCUCGCGGAUCUUUUUGAACAGCAGGGUCAACCAACACAUUCUAAACCAAUACUACGAAAGGCUAUUGAAUUGUCACAACAUAGUGUUUACUGGCACUGCAGGCUAAUAUUUCAACUCGCCCAAAUACACGCAACAGAGAGGGAAUAUGAGGUUGCAUGUAGUUUACUUGGAGUCGGAGUAGAUUAUGCACAGAUAUCAAACGCGGCUUAUACAAGGGUGCUAUUUAUAUUGAGUAGGGUAAUGUUAUUAUUAAUAGAUAAAAAAAUUCAAGAAGCGCUACCACUUAUGAACCAAGCCGGUCAUUUAGUGGAGUCAUGGGCCAGCAGUCCACACCAGAAGGAAUACCUCAAAGUGUUCUUCCUAGUUUUACAAGUUUGUCACUAUUUAAUGGCUGGGCAAGUGAAAAGUGUUAAGCCAUGUCUGAAGCAGCUGCAGCAAAGCAUACAGACAAUAAUGGCACCAACCUGGCCUGAUGACGAUGCUGUUUGUGGGGGAGAGUCAUUUGUGUGGCUGUCAAGACAGCAGCUAUAUGUGCUGGUGUACCUGGUGACGGUGAUGCACUCGGCACAAGCUGGAUACAUGGACAAGGCUCACAAGUACACCGAGAAGGCGCUUGCACAGAUUGACAAACUCACCUCCAGUGCAGCGUGCGAGGACACGGCGAUCGUGGCGCGAGAGGGAGGGCGCGCGGGACGCGGCGGCGCGGCGCUCGCGUGGAGGCUGAGAAUGGCGCUGGUGGAGCACGCGGCGCUGUGCCGGCUGGUGGCGGGCGGCAAGGCGCAGGCGCUGACCGAGAUAGCGCGCGCCGCCCGCCUGCUGGCCGCGCCGCCCACCGCGUUGUGCGCAGCCGCCCACACUCCACAGCUACACUGUCUACUGGGGCUGUACGCGAUGUCCAUGAACUGCAUGGACGCGGCCGAGGCGCAGUUCCACACAGCCAUACAUAUGUCACAAGAGAGAGAUCUGUGGAUGUUUGCAAAGUUGAACCUCGCCAUUGUAUAUUUAAGAGGCCGGAGGGAUACUGACUUAGCGCAAAUUAUGGAGCAGGUUCGCCCGGAAGCACUCCCAGCGUACGCGCACGGCUUGCGGGCCGCCUCGUAUUACGUGCUCGGUCUGCAAGCGUUCUUCCAGGCCAGAUACAACGAAGCCAAGCGAUAUCUCCGCGAGACACUCAAGAUGGCGAACGCCGAAGACCUCAACCGGCUGACGUCGUGUUCGCUGGUGCUGCUGGGCCACAUCUUCCUGUCCAUCAACAACUCGCGCGAGAGCAUGAACAUGGUGACGCCCGCCAUGCAGCUGGCCAGCAAGAUCCCCGACGUGCACGUGCAGCUCUGGGCCUCCGCCAUACUUAAAGAUCUGUACCGGCUGGCGGGCGACACGGAGCGCGAGACGGACGCGUACCAGAUGCACUGCAACUUCUCGCAGGCGCUGCUCAAGGACCACUUCCAGGCGAGCCAGCUGCCCGAGCACGUGCUCGUCACCUGGACCAGCGGCGCACCGCCGGCCACCUGAACAUACACAUAGACAUACAGACAACAACACAAGGCAAAUAUAUUACUGACUAGAACUCGUUGGUGACAUAGACAAUACGGUUUAGUUGCAUUCUCAAAAUACAAUAUCAUAAAAGCGAAAUACUUUAUGCAAAAUUUAGAUUUCAAGUCUUUAAUAACUAGCAGCUAGCAACCAUUUUUACUUUGAGAAUUUUAAACUUACUUCCCACCUGAAGGGCGUUACCAUCACUUGACAUCUGUUAUUGCAAACCAGGACAUUUGGUUUUUCAAUUACCACUACGUUCACGCCUCUUGCCUAUUUGCUUCAUACACCAGAUAUAAGGAAUAAAAUCUAAAUUCGACAUGAUACAGUAAGCUUAGUGAAAGAAAUAUAAUAUAGAACUACCUUCAAAAAAUCUUUAUAAAAACAUUGUACAUGUCAGGCCACCAGAGUUAUAUUUUGUGUUAAGCAAAUUGUAGCUAACUACAUAAUAUCGUUCAUGCUUGAUCUUGUACACUUGUAGUGCAAAUGUCUGGUGUCCGCCUAAAUUAUAUAAAAGCUUACUUCACAAUAGAAUACAAUAUUAGACAAUAUUACGGCAUAUCGAUAUUUUAUUAUAUUUGGGAUAAUAAUGAUAAUUAAUAUUUUUAUAAUAAACUAGCUGACCCGACAGACGUUGUUCUGUACAUAAUAAACAAAAUACCGAUUUUUUUUUAUGAAUUUUUCAAUUAUAUUUGAUAACAUCAAGAAUUAUUUCGUAAAAUAUGCUCCCUGUUGCUAAAAUGAAAUGAUUUCACAGCAGAACUGUCAAACCGUGCGUCAAUAAAUUCUCUCAUAGAAAAUAUAUCCAUACAAAACAAAUAUUAAAAAUAGCAUAAAACCUAAUAUUUCUAAAUAAAAUUCACUGGCCGUGCAGUUUUUUCAUAUUUUAUAGACGUUUAUUUUGUGAUUUCAUUUAUUCGUUUUUUGUAUAGAAGAUCCAUUUCGCAAAACAAUCACUUUAUAAUAUAAAUCGCACGUAUUGCGUACAUAUAAAUUUAUUUGACGAAUAAAUUUGUGAUGGAAUUUUCAAAUUUGUUGAGCGUGUAAGCCUCGUUGUGAACAGACGAGAUUGUUCAACCACGGUUUCAUUUUUUCAUAUAAUAUAAUAAUUUAAAAUUGCGGAUCUUCUAGGCCACACAAACAGCGAUUGAAAAAGUUAUGAAAAAAAUAAUGUAAUUUAAAUAGGUUUUUUGCAGACACAACCAUAUGCGACAAUAUUUGUAAUGUUAUUUAUUUUAUAUGAGGUUUAUUUAUUAAAGAAAUCGAAUUCAAAUUUCUACUAUUACCUGUUUUAAACUUGCCACCUCAAUUAUAGUUAAGACGGUAUAGAAAAAAGUAACAUUUACUGAUUCUAUAGGCUUGAUAAUUUGGUUGUGGUUUUUAUAUUGUCUCAAGAAUGAGUGGGAUGUUUAAAAUAAGAUCGUUUUAAUUUUUUUAUUAAACAGAUAAUAUUUAAACCCACUAGCGAUAUUUAAUUUCAUUUUAAAUACUUUGCAACUGUUUAGCUCAUGGGUGAAGUUUGAUAUUUUCUUCGCUCUUAUUAACAAAAUAAAACUGCGCCAAAACGCCAUGAAAUACGAAAAUUGCUAACAAAUAACCACACAUAAUAUCUGCAAGAUAGCACAAUAGUUUAAUUGUACAAUGAUCUAAUAAUAAUUAGCCUAAAUAUUGUUUUAACUCUACGUAACGAGUUUAUUACUUUCUGUUUAUAAUUAGUACAGGAAUGCUUCUACCGAAUAAUAUACAGUAGAAUAAUGAAGGAUUAAUAUUAAGAACGGUACUUAUUAUUAUUUUAUUUCUUGGAAUUGGGGUGUAUCGAACACUGGAGAGCAACAUUAAAUAGAGAAUGACGAGAAAAUGUUAAUAACUCGCAACUACAUAACAGUAAAACUAAAUAUGUAAAUCUAUGAAAACAAUAAGCAAUAAAUGCCUUAAAACAUAUCUAACAUGCAUAAAACAGAUGAAAAUCGUCUAGAAAUUUCUUUUAGGUUUACAACAAAAUAUGUAUCGCUAAAUCUCAAGGUGGCCCGCGAAGAGCGAAGUGAUGGUUGUGUUCGUAUUGCAUUAGGAAUUACGAUACGUCCUAUGUCGUUUUCGGUUGUGUUAGUACCCAUAUGACGUCACUGGGAGGACAGAUUAUGAAUGAAGAACAUCUGCUCCUACUGACACUAUAUUCUGAUAAAAAAAUAUGAGGCUUGAGAUUUUUACAAUACUAAGUUUAUGAUUUCUCACAGUUAAAAAGGACAUUUAAUAAAUAAAUGAAAUCGCUUGUACUAUUUGUAGGCCACCUAUGGUUUUCAAGGUUUUCAUAUUAACGAGGAAUUGAAGUAUUUGUUUGGUCUUAGGUCUAAGGUUUAGGAGUCAAAUAAUGUAGCUACUACAAUAUUCCAUUUAAUUAACCCAAGCCUCAUUACUUAAAAAAAUAAUUUAUAGGUCAUAUUAUGUAUUUAUUUUAAUUCAGAAGCAUGAAGUUUAAAAAAACAGAUUUGGUCCACGACACAAACUAGUUUGGACUGAAAUAAAAUUGUCUGUUGAUACAGUUGUCCUCAAAUUAGUUUGGUCUGAAACUGGGUUAAACUUAAGACAAACCAGUAUGGACUGAAAUUAAACUUGGGCUAGGACAAACUAGUUUGGCCCAAUAUAGAAAUUGGCUAUUGACUCAAUUGUCCUGACAAAAUUUAGUUUAGUCUGAAACCGGAUUUAACUUAAGACAAACCAGUAAAGACUAAACUCAAGAUUGUCCUAGGUCAAACUAUGGAAUUUGGCUAUAGACUCAAUAGCCCUAAUAAUUUAGUUUGGUCUAAAAUCGGAUUUGACUUAAGACAAACCAGUGUAGACUGAAAUCAAGAUUGGUCUAAGACGAAGUAGUCAUUUGGCUAUUGACUCAAUAGUUUUAACGGUUUAGUUUGAUCUAAAACCGGAUUUGACUUAAGACAAACCAGUUUAGACUGAAAUCAAGAUUGGCCUAGGACGAACUAGUUAUUUGGCUUUUUACUCAAUAGUCCUAACAAUUUAGUUUAGUAUGCAGCCGGGUUUGAUCCAAAACAAACCAGUUUGGACUUCAUAUAUUUAAAAAUGAAAUGGUUCUUAAAAUUUUAGCCUUCCUUGUAAUGACGAGUGAAUUAUAAUUAUUUGUAGGAUAUAGGAAUGACAACACUCUAAAUUAUUGUUAUAUUGUCUGAAUUAGUUUUAUUUUUUACCUUAGAUUAAUAAUUAUUAUAAAUAAAUUUGUUACCUUCAGUAAGACGAGACAUGCUGACUUGUAUUGUAAAUCGGCUCGAAGGACCGUAUAUGAUAACUUUGGGUCACAUUGUAUAAAAUAUAGAUUAUCGCAAUAAUUUCAUGUUUAAUUAAUGACUAGUGGACUGACUUAGAAUUGUAAAUAUGAUUUAAAAGAACAAAGACGUCUCAUAUUUAUUGUAGAAAUUUAUUUGUUAAGUUGUUGAUGAUUUUUUUUAAAUCAAUAUCUGUCUCGAGAAUAUACUUACAAUAUACUUGCCUAUACACAAACAGCGUGCGAGAGAAAAGAACAUGACUAACCAAAAUACAGCAAGAUAGAAUAGGAAAGGGCAUCUAUUGUUGCUAUAACCGAUUUUUAUUGACAAGUCGUAAACAUUCAGCCACGCUUGGCACAUUAAGCUUCUUAGUAUUUUGAAUAUCAAACCCUUAGAUUAUUAAUUAUACGUCUAGAUGGAGCCUCUUGUUGCUACAACCAAUGAAAACAUGCCAGGUUUAUUAUUUUAGUAUGCGUGACAAGCUACGUCUUACACUCGCGAUUUGUAUGUCACUUUGUGUUAGUGUGCGUGCUUAUUUCCAAAUAGAAGUUAACUGUCAACCUCAAUUUUUUUUUCGACGCAUACAUUGAACAAUCAAAAUUGGUCACGCGUUUUGAGCUGUCAGGUUGUCUAAACGCAAGUAUAUUCUAAGUGUAUGUAGGUUUAUCUCUCGCAGCGCCAUCAUUAAUUGAUGCGAAAAUUAAUUCUGUUGGUAACCGCCAGUUGCGCUGACCUAUCACACAUACAUUUGUAUAGGCCAGUUAACUUACACUUAAGGAAUUUUAUAAUGCCGGAUAUUUAUAAAAAAAUAUUGACGUCAGGUCACUAAAUGUGAAUGCAAUUAGUAGACCAUUUAGGUCAAAUAAAAAUUGGCUGUCUGUAAAGUUGGUUUAAGGUUGAUCAUUUUACGUAAUGACGUCAUAAGAAAACAUCUUUUUAUACGAUCGUUUUUAGUCAAAAUGCGUUCGUUCAGCCGGCGUUCAUCGGUUUAAAAAACGUUAUCACGUCAAAAACAAUUUACCGAUUUUAAUCGGUUUUUUAUGUCAUGUAUACAGUGCGACUUCUUCGCGCCCGCUUAUACAAGUGAUGAGAAUAUAUGGCACGUGCUAGCGGUACUUAACUGACCUAUAUGAACGAAGACAUAGACUCUCGCUGCGCUCCAACUAGAUACCGCACUACCUAAGGACAAUAGCUUUUUUUAUUACGGCAACUAUUAUAUGCUUGUGUGCGUGGCAUAUUGACAUUCAAUGGCAUCUUUCAAAGCUUGUAAGAUACGCUUCGUGUUAUUUUACACUGGAAUUAAUAAAAUACUUACUGAUGAUUUAUGUUAUCCUAGUUUCUUUCUUAUUUCUUGAUGUAUUAUUUUGACAAUCUUUUACCACGCAUCACAGCUUUUUAGUUUCAAUUAUGUUUCAACGUGUGGCACGUCAAGGUCACACAUUGUUCGAGACUGGCUCGAGUAUUAGUUGCUGCACUUUGUGACAACGCCUGCGGUAUCUAGUUGGAGCGCAGCGGAGACCAAUCCUUAGUCUUAGGAUAGACGUUUUAAAUAAGCUAACUCGUGAUAAGAAAUAAUGAACUUGUGUACUUUUGAUACUUGUCCAUGGCGGGAACAGAUCACCAGUUCAUCACUACAGUUUGUACAAACACAACAUUGUUUAAUUUGUAAACAUUACUUACUUAGUACGACUAUUAGAUAAGAAGCUUACCAUUAAGGGUGGAGAUUCUGUUGUUUAUAUGUAAAUAAAAGUUGAACUAUUGUAAAUAAUAAAGUAUAAUAAUAUGUUUUUUGCUAUAAAA